AUGAAUCCAGCAAAUGAGAUAAUGUCUAUGCUUCAAAAUGAAAUCGGACAAUGGGAACAUGCAAUCAAUUCCUAUACUGGUCAAGAUCCUUUAGAUCUAUGGUUUUCUUAUGUUUGCUGGCUGGAAUCGAAUUUGUCGUCGUAUCAAGUGCUGGAAUCAAAGUUUCGAAAGUCCGUUGAGCAUUGUCUGUCUAUGUACGAUAAGUAUGAAAACUACAAGCAGGAUCUUCGAAUGGUCAAAUUGUGGAUCAAAUAUAUCGACUUCCAGCCGAAUCCAUUGAAUCUUUAUAAGAUAUUGUAUCAGCAAGGAGUCGGAACUAAAGUUGCAGCUUUUUAUAUUGGUUGGGCUCAUUACUACAACUCAGCUAAUCAUUUUAAGCAAGCAGAAUCAAUUUACAAUUUGGGAAUACAAUUAAAGGCUGAACCUUUAUAUGAACUGGAGACUGCUCAGAAGAAUUUUCGCUUUUCUGUGGCUCAACGUAUGCUGUAUAAUGAUGAAUCCUCAAAAAAACGGACAAUUUCGUCGUUAGAGGAACAACGGCAACAAAUUACGUCAUUAUCGCCACAUCAAAAUCAAAUAUCAGCCAAACGAAUGAGAACUGAUUCAUACUCACAAGAGCAAUACAGUGGACAACAAGCUACAAGCUCGAAUGCUAUGCCAAAUACAACUAAUGUUAAUGUCCAGCAAUAUCCAGACUAUAAUAACUACUCAAAUGAUCCAGCUUAUGCAAUUAGUUCAUCCUUAAAUUAUGUCUAUGAUAAUUCUAACGUAUAUCCACCAACUUCAGAAGAACAGGCACAGCAGCAAGCUCAGCAACCGACAAAUUUUACAUUCGAGUGCGGUUUUCAAAUUCCACAAAACUUUAUUAAUUUCUCUCGAAACUCGCAUGAACAGUGGAAUGCUCCAUUAUGUCUCGAAGAGCCAUACGAUCAGAAUAGACGAUGUUUCUAUCCAAAACAUUUAGUUUAUCCUGGCGAUGGACGUGAAUAUAGUCUCGAAGAAUUAAAAGGUCAUAAAUGGCGUUUAAGAAUGGAAGAAAAAAGGAGACAGGAAGAAUUAAGAAUACAGCAUGAAAAUGAUGAGAAAAUUCGUCAGGAACAGGAAAGGGCUCGUCUCGAACAAGAAAGAAUCAGGCAAGAAAGAAUAAAACAGGAACAGGAAAAAGCAAGACAAGAACAAGAACGAAUUAGACUCGAACAAGAAAGAGUAAGACAGGAACAAGAUAGAUUAAGGCAAGAAGCUGAAGCGAGGAGACUUCGUGAGGAACAAAUUAGAAAGGAACAGGAAGCACAGCAGCAUAUGAAGGCAGAACAAGAGGCUCAGAGACAAAGAGAAGCAUAUCAAAUGCAGCAACAACAAAGAUGGAAUUAUCAUCAUAGUCCAGCUAAUUAUGCUAAUGCUUAUUAUCACCAAAAUUAUCAAAAUAGUCCACAAUAUUCCUAUGCUCAUGAUCAUCAAUAUCAAACACAUUAUGCUGCAUACCAACAAAGUCCACAAAGCUACUCAAAUUCUCCAAAUUAUCAUCAACAGACCGUCAUGCAUCAGCAAUAUUAUAUGAAUUAUCAAGCACAGCAUACAAUGAAUUAUCAAAUGCAGCCCCCGCCACAACAUCAUCUUGCACAGCCACAAAUACAGCAUCCUUAUAGCCAGCCAACACCGCCACAAAACCAAAAUACUCCUUUAACUAAUAUUCAGCAACAACCAACUCAAAAUGUGUCUCAAAAACCAAAUUUCCAAGAUUCUGAUUAUCAAGAUGUUGAAUAUUUAAUAGAUCAUCAAGCUGAGAUUGAUCCAAAUAUGCUACAACAGCCAAUUGUUGAGAAUGAAUCGCAUGAAAAUAGCUCACAAGAUGAAUAUGAAGGCAGUGAAAGUGAAGAAAUUGAAGAGGAAGCGGAACAAAUUCCAACAAUUGUCACGUCUUACAUGCUAGAUGAUUUAGAGGAACAGAUUGAAGCCAGUACAAUAAGUUUCUCAUCGAAUGGCAAGUCACGUGACAAAAAGAUAACAAUCAAGUUCCGUAAAGAAAAGACAACGACAAUCAUAAAUUCAGAAUCAAAUUCAAAUUCGUCGAUAACAAAUGCCAAGAUAAAGGAAGUUCCUUUAGAGCCAUCAUCGACAUCGUCGUCAAUCAGCAGUGCUAAAAAGAAGCAAGUCAAGAAAGAAAUUGUGAGAUCAUAUGAUGGUGAAAAUACACAAUUCAUGCCUAGUGCAACUAAUAGCUGCUCAUCUACACAAAAUGGAGAUAAUCAGAAGCAUUCAUUCAGUAAAAUUAACUUUAAUGGAUGUAUUACGCCCAUAAAAAAACCACCAGCUAGUAAGACAUCGACUCCAAUAAGCAGCUAUAAGUUUCUUAAAAAUCAAAGUUCAUUCUCAUCGAAUAUUAAUGAUGACAGCAGAUCUUCAUUCUGUGGCGAUCAAAAUUCCUUCUUUCAAGCUGAUAAUGAUGAUGAUUUUAAAAAUCGUCGUAUGGAAAAGGCAUUAGCAACUAUUGAUGAUCACAUGAAGAAACGAGAUAUUGAUCCUUUCCAUUCUGAAUUGUGUCGUGCAUUCUUGGUCAAAUUAAACUUCCCAAAUCGUGAAAAUACAUCCGACUAUUUAGUUACAAGUUCAAACUUGCCAAAAAUAAUUAAAAAUCAAAUUGUACCGAUUAGCGAUGCUACUUAUCAGAUUGAAAAGGAAGUAGGAAGAGGAUCUUAUGGAGCUGUUUAUCGUGGAAUUAAUACAACUGACGGAACUGUUGUGGCUCUCAAAUAUCAAAGACCAUCAAAUAUGGCAACAUGGGAGCUUUAUAUUUGCACAGAAGUCAAAAAGCGAAUCAAAAGUGCUGAUAUCCUCCCUGGAUUCAUGACAAUUACUGCUGCUGUAAUAGCACCAAAUGCAAGCGUAUUAAUAUCAGAAUUCUCUCAAUAUGGAUCUCUGCUUGACAUAAACAAUCGCGUUCGUCAAGCCACGACAAAAGUCAUGCAUGAGAGUUUAGUGAUGCACUUUACGAGUCAAAUUUUUAAUAUUGUAGCUCAUUUGCACGACUGUAAGAUUAUCCAUGCUGAUAUUAAGCCUGACAACUUUUUACUUAUGACUUUACCAUCGAUGGAUACUCAUAUUCCGAGUCUUAGACUCAUUGAUUUCGGAUGUGCAAUUGACAUGACACUUUUUAAGGAAGGUCAAGAAUUUAGAAAGAUAAUUGAAACUGAUGGAUUUACGUGCGUUGAAAUGCGCGAAGCUAGAUUGUGGUCGUACCAAACAGAUUUGUUCUGCAUUGCAGGCACUAUUCAUGUUAUGCUGUUUGGAGAAUACAUGCAAGUAAACAAGAAAUUCGGUGUUUGGGAUAUAAAGCAGAAAUUCCCAAGAUAUCUCAAUAAAACUUUGUGGACUGACGUCUUCUCGAAACUAUUAAACAUUAAAGACAGCAAGAGUUUGCCAAGCUUGAAACAGCUAAAAGCGAACGUUGAUCGAGAAAUUAACGAGAAUGAACUGAGCAGGAAUAUUAGAACUGUUAGCAAUUUGAUAAGAAAACGUUAA